AUGAGACUUUUUGGAUGGCUUUUGUAUUUUGUUAGCUCUCAAGUUUGCGAGUUGAAGAAAAAUACGACCGGCUCCAUAUUUUUGAAAAAGGAGAAAGUAACAUCCUGCAUGGUUUCUGAAUUUAUUGAGUCACCCAAAACUGCUCCUAUCAAGCAAAACUUGCCAUUCGUUGGUCCAGAAACGCGACCCCCACCAGUUGUUCUCGACAUGACCCGGCCAGAUCACCGAGAAGGCAUGGAGACAUCGUACAAGAAACAAACUUGCAAGCAAAUCUACGAAAACAAGGAUCUCGAGCGCGAUCAACGGGUUGAAAUGAUGAAAACGCUAAGCUGUCAUAAGAUGGAAUUCAAGAAUUUCGAUGCUUCUCUUGACCCGUUUUUGCAGGCUGACACUAGCCUUGGCAUGCAACAACUAGCGGAGAAAUUUUCGGACGAGGAAAUCAAGGAGGCCAUGGAGAAGCUAAAGAAAGAUCCAAGAUUCAAGAACAAAUUCUAG